AUGGCAACUCCUUCAGCGGACGUUUUACCCCCGUUGGAGGGUGUAAAAUAUUAUUUUGUUGUACAGAACUUCUGUUUCAGAGCCAUUGGUGUUGAUCUGCUGUCGAUGAAGCGGACCAUGGUGAGUGGAUUGCUAUUUUGGUUACCAAAUAUCUUGGAGUUGGCCAUAUGUGUACCACUGGCCAGAUAUGCCCUGGAGAACUUGGAGGAUAUGAGUCUGGUAACCGAUGCCAUGGCACCUGUUUGGCAAGUGCUAAUGGCCAUCUUGAAAAUGGCCUUAUUUAUGUGGCAUAAGGAAGAUAUUAAAAAAUUGGUCAGGAAUUUGUGGCUAUGGAAUUUGGAAGCUAAAGAGGAAGAAUUGAAAACAAUUGCGGAAGAGAACCGCAAAGACACUGUGACGUCUUUUAGCUUCUACAUGACGGUCCUUACAACGGGUAUUUUGGCCUUGACUGCCCCGUUUUUAAGGGCAUUGUAUUGGAGAUUAAAAGUGGGUAGCUUCUGGGAUGCUUUGGAAACGCCUCUGAAAGGAAGCUAUUAUGUGGACCCAAAAGGAAGUUAUUUGGGAUAUUUUACUGUCCAUGUUUGGACUUGCAUUGCCAUCUAUGCUGUGCUCAAUACAACCCUGGCCGCAGAUAGUUUGUUCUCAUGGAUUUUCCAUAAUAUUUCGGCACAUUUCGCAAUACUUCGAGAACGUUUGAUAUCUGUGGCAUCUUCCGAAACAGAAGGGAAGCAAAGUUAUGCAAACCUAAAACAAUCCUUGGCCGAAUGUGUUCGUUAUCAUCAACGAAUUUUGGACACCAUCGAUGACUUCAAUGAGGUCUUCAUGACGAUCGUUUUCGUGAAAUUUCUCAUCAGCUGUAUUCAAAUUGCCUUCUUGGCUUUUCAAUUUGUUCGUGGUGGAGACUUUGCUGGACAGGUUUUUCAUACGCUGUUCCUAAUGUCCAUAUCCAUUCAAAUGAUGUUGUAUUGUUAUGGCGGUCAGAGGAUUAAGGAUGAGAGUGCUUCCAUUUCCGUGGCCAUUUAUGAACAUUUCCAUUGGGAUGUAUUGUGCCCCAAGUCAAGAAAGUUGUUGCUCUUACCCUUGGCCCGGUCCCAGAAACCUUGCAAACUGACCGGAGUUUUCUUCAUAGCCGAUUUGAGUUUAUUUUUAUGGGUCUACAAGACGGCAGGUUCUUUUGUAACCUUAAUGAUGAGCGUAUCCGAUACCAGCAAGUAAUAUUUUGCAUCCAUUGAAUUUUCAAUUCAGUGGUAUUUAUAAAAAAAUACCAAUUUAUUUUAAAUUAAGAUAAUAAAUGGAAUCGAGAAGGAAUAUGCCACUCUGAAA